GGACGGGUGAUGCGGGUGAUGUGGAUGAUGAUGAUGAUGCCCUAAUCAUCAUCAUGCCCAUCAUUUCAAUGGGAAACGGAGAAAUCCGUCUCUCGGACCCUAACUCUGUGUGUGGUGUGUGUGUGUGCGUGUGUCUGCCUGUCUGCCUGUCUGCCUGCCUGCCUGCCUGCCUGCCACCCUGCCACCCAACAAAGCCUGUCCGCUCGCUCGCUCGCUCGCCUACCCUACCCUUACCCCCCUACCCUAUCCUACCCUACCCUGCCCUAUCCUACCCUACCCUACCCUACCCUACCCUGCCCUACCCUACCCUACCCUACCACACAUCCAAUCCAUUUCCCAUCAGUCAUGUCCGGUCCGGCGUGUUGUCUGGGGCUUUCCGCCCCCCAGUCAGGGGCGAGACAAAGCCCUUUGUCGCUGCGCGCGCGCUAGCACCGAAAUCUCCCGCUGCUUUUUUGCUCGCUUGCCUUUCCUGCUUCCAUCGCCAGGCGAUCCAGAUUCGCCUUCCCGGGCACGGACAAAACCCUAUCGCUCGGCCAGUCAGCCACGCGCGCCCAUCCCUCCUACAUAUACGUGCCGGCCGCUCCACCCGCCGCCAGAUUCGUGACUUCAGCCAUCCCGAGUGCGCCGUGGCUUGUGUCUCUCCUCCCUUCCCAGGAACCGGUUCGACCCUUUCUUUUUUACCAUCGACCGAGAUCUCGCACCGCUUCGUGCCACUCUCACCCCCGUCGCACUGCGCCUGCACGACCACGCACCCGGGCUCGCCCCAAAGCAUCGUUGUCCCUUCGCCUGACCCGGCGAGCGCUGAGACUUUCUAGAAGGCUUUCGGACUGGCCUGCAGACGACUCGUGCGACUUCCGCAGGGAUACUUGCUCGACAUCGCCUUCGGUCCUCCCUCCCGCCCUCGGGAGCGACGCCGUCCGUUUCUGGAAACGCUGCUCUUUAACCUCGCCCCGGCAGCCUCCUCCCCCCUCACCACCAUCACAAUCCUCGCCCUCCCUUCU